GGUCACGGUAAGUGUAACUUGCGUACGCUGUGCUUGACACACGGCUGUGUGUAGACAGGCAAUACAAACAUUCCAUUAUUUCCAUUGAGAAACUUUAUGGUCGCCGUCUGCUCAGUGUGUGUGGUGUAUUUCAGGUUGGCCAUUUAGCUUGUCAUUAUUCAUAUCACUAUGGUGUUCUUCAAUUCCGUCAAGAAAUACAAAAACCAAGAUUACGCCAAACUGAAGAAAGAAUGUAAAAGCAAGGGGACUUUAUUUAUAGACACAGAAUUCCCACCAGAUGAGCGGUCACUCUCCAAACAGCCUGGAAAGUUUGGAAACAUUGUUUGGAAGAGGCCCAAGCAAAUCUGUAGUGAUCCCAAAUUGUUUGUUGAAGGAGCUAGUUCUGGGGAUGUAUCUCAAGGCAAGUUGGGCAACUGUUGGUUCGUGGCUGCAUCCUCUUGUUUGGCUUCUUUCAAAGAAAUCUGGAACAAAGUCAUACCUGAUGCCAAAGGUCAAGAAUGGGAUGCUAACAAGCCAGAUAACUAUCAAGGGAUCUUCAGGUUUCAGUUCUGGCGUUACGGUGAAUGGACAGAAGUGGUUAUAGACGACUUCUUGCCCACCGUCAAUGACCAAUUGGUGUUUAUCCAUUCACAGAGUAGAAAUGAGUUCUGGUCAGCUCUACUGGAGAAAGCUUAUGCUAAACUUUUUGGAACCUAUGAAGCUUUGGAUGGUGGAGAAUUGAGUGAGGCCUUGGAAGAUUUUACUGGUGGAGUCUCUGACACACUGGACAUGAUCAAGAUGGAGCUAGCCAGUAAACCAGAAGAACGUGUGGCUUUGUUUGCUCGUAUGCAGAAGGAAGUUGAUAGAAAGUCAUUGAUGGCAGCAUCUAUACCGGCAACUUCAGCGGAGGAUAUGGAGGCUACUACAGACAUUGGACUGGUCAAAGGUCAUGCUUAUGGCAUCACAGCUGUCAAAAAUGUCCACCUUGAAGGUUCGGGUUUGUUUGGACUGUUUAAUAGGGAUAAGUUACCUAUGAUCAGGCUGCGUAAUCCUUGGGGUCAAGGCGAGUGGAAGGGUGCAUUUAGUGAUGGAUCACCAGAAUGGAAUAAGAUCAGCUCCUCUGACAGAAACAAAAUUGGUUUGACUUUUGAAGAGGAUGGAGAGUUUUGGAUGACAUUUGAGGACUACUGCAAGUAUUUUGUCCAGACUUGCAUCUGUCGGGUAGUGAACACUUCCUAUGUCAGUCUGUCCAAAACUUGGCAUGAGGGGUUAGCACAUGGAAUGUGGAAGGCCCCCAACAGAGCAGGUGGUUGCCCAAACAACAGAGAGACUUUCUUACAGAAUCCCCAGUACAUGUUUGAUAUCACUGAAGAUGGAGAUGAGUGUAUGGUUCAGUUGAUGCAGAAAGGAAGCAGGGACAAAGAGAAUGCUACCAUUGGAUUCACCAUCUUGAAGGUUGAACUCAACAGAGAGUACCGUAUCCAUGAUUUAAAUCUCCAGGAAAAGGUUGUUUCAACUGUGUAUAGGAACAGUAGGUCUACCUUCUUACGCCAUGGUCCUUUGAAGAAAGGUCGCUAUGUUGUGAUACCAUCAACCUUUGAUCCCAAUGUUGAGGCCUCUUACCUAUUCAGGGUUUACACAAGUACUUUCAAUAAUUUCAAGGAACUAACUCAAGAGAAACCAGUCAAGAGUUGGUAUAACUGCUGUGGUAAAGCUCCUGUCAUGGUCACUCAUGUCAAAGUGGUCAGAGCAGCUGGACUGGAGAAACAAGACAGAUCAGGAACUGCUGACCCUUACUGUAUCAUCCAAUGUGAAGGCAAGAAAGUCACAACGUCCACAUGUAAGAGUACUAUCAACCCCGAGUGGGACAUUUCAGCAUUGUUUUACAGGUCCAGUCCACUGAAGAAACCACUGGUCAUUCAGAUCUGGAACAACAACCUGCUUCGGGAUGAAUUCAUGGGCCAGCACGAGUUCAAAUCGGUGGAUGAGCUCCGUGAGCAGACGGUGGUUCUGAGCUUGUUUGGCAACAAAAAGAAUGAGACAACUGUGGAAAAACCUGGCAAAUUAACCAUCACAAUCACACAGCUGAAAGAUCUGAUGGCAGUGUAGACAAAGCAACAUAGUAAACUAACAUUCUCACUUUUGAAAGAUCGAAUGGCAGUUUAUAGAAACUAACAAUCUCACUGUUGAAAGAUCGAAUGGCAGUUUAUAGAAACUAACAAUCACAUUAGUAAAAGAUGUGAUUGUUAUGAACAUAAAACAUUGUUUACAAGCUUUGUCUCUAAUUUGUUUCAAUGAAAUAUUUGGUAGAGUUAUGUUUAUUCUUUCCUUACAGAGUACUGUCUCACAUAUUACAUUCAGUGUCACAAUAGUGAGACUAAGACAGAUAGCGAGGUUUUUUCAAACAAUUUCAAUGUCUUUCCUUGAUUAAUGUAAGAAAAUUUCUUCCAAUUUUUAUUCAUUUCAUUAUUUUGCUACAGUUUAUUUUACUUGGUAAUUUCAGUCAUGAUAUUUUUAUUUUUUAGCAUUGCGAUAAAAUUUCAGACACCUGUCAAGACUGUUUUGAAAAAAAGACAAAAAGUUUAAUUUCUUUAUUGUUUUGUUCACACAUACGAAUAUUUUUAAACUGUACCAGUAUAAUGAUUAAUGAAUUUUUUUUUUAAUUCCUUGGUUAUUAGGCCUUUGUUUCAAAUUUUCAGUUUGUUAUUAGAAACUUUCACUGUGAUAAUCUGUGUAGAUGUUCUCUGUAACUCUUACUUUAAUUUAGACUUGACUUGUUCAAAUAUUUUGUCUUAUUGGAAUAACAUUUUUCUUAAAGAUCUGUCGACAAUUUUAUUUCUAUGUUUACUACAAAGUGAGUGGAUUAUUUGUUUUUAUAUUUUUUAACCUCCCAAGAUGUGUGUGUGUGUGUAAUGUGUACAUUGUGGAACACUUCCACAUCUUCCUCUCCUGCUGUUGAAUUUUCAAAGUGAAUUCAAUGUUUGUGACCUAUUGUUGUGAUCUUGAGCUAACUCUUUUGAUGAACUUUAUUUGAUUUAAAACUUAAAAACUGUAAACCCUUCUGUGUACAAACCUUUCCAUUCUUUGUUUUUUUUACUUCAUAUUUAUUUGAUGUAAAUCUAUAAUUUUUUUACCAUAAAAUAUUUUAGAAUAUUUUUACUUAAUAUAAUAUUUACUUAAAGAUUUCUUUUUAUUGGUUCUGCCAAAAUGAAUUUUUGUGUGUGUGUCUAAAAAAUUUUAUGUAUGUUUUCAUUGACUUUUAUUCUAUUCCAUUAAUGGCCGCAACAGUCUGAAAGAAAACUUUUAUACAAUUUUUACCAAGAUGGCUGCCUGGUCAUGUGAUAUGCACUCUGGACUGUCAUUCAGUGGUCUUGAUUGUCUCGGUUUUUAACCCUGCCUGUUGCCUGUCACCCUUUGGGAUGUUUGGGCUAGGAUGUCAUUAUCUGAAGGAACACCAAAACAUGUCAAACAUGUUUUACACACAUACUAUUUUCUGUGGGUAGAUGAAUGAAAUACAUUAUGUCUGUUCAUUGCUUAUUGAAAUAUCUUGUCAUUCUAGUUCUACACUUUUUGAUGAAUGAAUUCUUGUAUAUUUGAAUGAAGCAUUGUGGAUGAGUUAAAUCUCUAUUUUUUAGCAUUGUUUCUAUUAGAACAUUUUUUUAAGUCUGUAAAUAAUAGCUUUGGUGCUCCUUUUAAUGUUUACAUUUUAUUAUUAUUUCAUGUACCUUUUUUUAAGAAUUUAUGAAUUUUGUUUUGUUUUUGUUGAAUGAUAUAUAAUUUUUUUAAUCAUUUUCAGAUCUGUAAUGCUAUUUACAUGAUACUUAAUAACUCCCCCUUCAACCAAAUAAUGUUAUUGUCAAGACUUGCAUGUCAGGUUUGCAAUAUUGUUAUAGCAAAUAAUCCCAUUAAAAAGAUAAUGGAUUCUUCUGCAAUACUAGUUGUCCUAGAUUUGUCUAUAAACAAAGUAAUACAACUUGUUCUUGUGUUAAGUGAAAGUCUUGGGGCUCAAUGUUUUUGAUUGGCUCGUGCUCAACACAUGAAGCAUUCCUCCAUGCCCUUUUUUCUUUUCAAUAUCUUAUCUUAUCUUAUAUAAUACAGACGUUACUUCAAAAAAGAAGAUGAUUACGUCCUACAAUAUCUGAGUGGUUUGGGAUCGUUUGUUUUUUUCUCAGAACUAUCGUCUACUCUUUUCUAGUCUUCAUUGAUUUUUUAAAGCACCUUGUUUUUGUUUUUUAAAUUGUACUAUUCACCUACACCAAAAAAAAAAGUUUUAAAAGGUAAAUUUACUAAUUUAACCUUUAACACCUCAAUAUUGUUUUAAAAAAGUGUUAGGUUAUGUGAUAACUGCUGAAUGAACAUAUUUUGCAUAAAUAUGGAUUUAGAUUUAACAUAGUCAUCAUUCCUGUUCAAUAUUGAUUUGGUUUAGCUAGCUGUUGAUAAAAUUGAUCAAUUUUUUUUUCUUCUUUGGUAUGUAGUCAUUAAAAUAUUCAAAACAAGUAAGAAAAUUAUAAAGUACAGUCAGUUUUACAGAGUCUACACUCUACUUAUAUAUUAGUCUUAAUCAGCAUGCCUGAUCAAAACUUUUAUAUUUUUUUAUACAACUCAUAAUGUAUUGCCAGUAUAUAAGUUUAUUACUUUCUAACUUUUGAAGCAACAUUUAAAUAUCCUGUAUAAUUACAACAAAUACUAUUUUUAUAAUGCUAUACAUAUUUACACAUAUAUUUAAGUUAAUAUUAUAGAGCAUAUUUUGUUUGUUUAACUUCUAGUAGAUUAAUUCAUUAAUUUAAAAUAAUUCCAAGUGAACAUCUACAAGUCAAAUAUAAAACUGUUUGUGGCUCACAGUUUUGCCAACUCAAUUGUUAUCUGAAGUUUGCUUGAUAUAAUUCAUAUCAAAACAUUGACGAGUGAAAGAAAUAGUUGUCUAGGCCCUGGUCAUCUGACUACAAAUCUAUUACAUUCAAAAGACUAAAGCCAAUAUUUGUAUUGAAGAGCUGUAAUAUAUGUGUUGCUAUUUCCUAUCAGUUUGUGCCUUCAGGAGAAUGUUAUAGUAAUGUAUACUCUGAAAAGAUUUGGCUUUGAACCCCUGGCUUAUGGGAUAGUCCUGUGCAAUUUUCUUAUCUUGAAUGCUUUAUUAACUUUUUUUCUUUAUACUUAUAUGUCUCUGAAAAAAAUCUAGAUGAAUUUAGUUGUGUGUGUUUUUUUCUGAUAAAUUCAAGUUUUUAUUAAGUAAAUUAAGUAAGUCAAGUUUUUCUGUUCAAAAAUAAAUAAAAAUGUAUUUUUAGUUUUUUUCUUCAAUUUCAGCCUUUAUACAUUUUGUUAAAAAUGAUAACAGAUUAGAAGAUAAAGAGUUAUGUUUGUAAUUCAGACUGAAGACUGCUAUUCAGCCUCUAAAUGGGGAAAAGAUUUGUACAUUUUCUUCUAUCAGGGUAACCAUUGAUGACAGGAUUGUAGAUAUUUAUUUCAUUGUUUCUGCUUCGGAAAUCCUUGUCAUGACACACAAAGCUUAUUUUUUAUAAAACUUAUUUACUGCUCACUUACAUCAUAAUUCUUGCAUUUUAUGUUCAACUUUUAUUGACUUGUGGAAUAAAUAUUUAUUGACACCUUAAA